AUGACGGCAAACAUGUAUCGGGUUGGAGAUUACGUCUAUUUCGAGACGUCAUCGACAUCUCCUUAUCAAAUCCGCCGUAUAGAGGAAUUGAACAAAACCGCGUCUGGAAAUGUAGAAGCUAAAGUAAUGUGUUUUUACCGACGACGAGACUUGCCUAGCCAGCUGAUCCAGUUGGCCGACAAACACCAAUGUGCCUUAGACGAAUCGGGCGAGAGCCCAAUACCGGAGAUUAGCGGUCGCGCCAGCGAAGCCCUCAGCCCGAAGCAGAAACAUCAAAUGAAACACCGCGAACUGUUCCUUUCGCGCCAAGUGGAAACCCUGCCGGCGACGCACAUACGCGGCAAAUGUUCCGUCACGUUGUUCAACGAAACCGAAGCGCUCGCUUCCUAUCUAAACAAAGACGAUAUGUUCUUCUACUGUCUCGUGUUCGAUCCGACGCAAAAGACCCUGUUGGCCGACAAGGGCGAGAUCCGCGUCGGUUCGCGCUACCAGUGCGACGUCCCACCCAUGCUGAUGAAAGAAGGCGACGCCGCCGCCGAAGACGAUCGCGACCUCCAAGAGCUGGAGACGGUCGUUUGGACGCCCGAGCACCAGCUCAGUGAUAGACAGAUAGACCAGUUUUUAGUGGUGUCCCGUUCGGUGGGCACGUUCGCCCGCGCGUUAGAUUGCAGUUCGAGCGUCAAACAGCCGUCGUUGCACAUGUCGGCGGCGGCCGCCAGCCGGGACAUUACGCUCUUCCACGCCAUGGACACGUUGCACCGGCACGGCUACAAUUUGUCGGGCGCUUUGUGCUCGCUGGUGCCGUCCAGCGGACCGGUGUUGUGCCGCGACGAGAUGGAGGAGUGGAGCGCCUCCGAGGCCAAUCUCUUCGAAGAGGCUUUGGACAAAUACGGCAAGGACUUCAACGACAUCCGCCAGGAUUUCCUGCCCUGGAAAACGUUAAAAAACAUAAUCGAGUAUUAUUACAUGUGGAAGACGACGGAUAGAUACGUGCAACAGAAGCGAGUCAAAGCCGUCGAGGCGGAAUCGAAGCUGAAACAAGUCUACAUUCCUAACUACAAUAAACCGAAUCCUGCGGCUUUGAAUAACAACAAGGGAGUCGUUAACGGUAGCAACGGCAACUCGGAUCCCGCCGUAUCGUUGGGUGGAAAGGCCUGCGAAUCCUGCAACGUGACCGUAUCGAAUCAAUGGUACGCGUGGGGCCCGUCGCACAUGCAGUGCCGCCUGUGCCAGGUGUGCUGGCAAUAUUGGAAGAAAUACGGCGGCCUGAAGAUACCGACGCGCUUCGGCGACGGCGACUUCGAGAACGGCGGCAAGAAGAAAUCGGGCAGCGACGCGGAGGAGGACCGAGCGGGGGCGGGCGCGUCGCACCGGCCGCACCGCUGCAACAUCGGCGGUUGCGGCAAGGAGUUUAAGCUGAAGGCGCACCUCGGACGGCACUACGCCACCGCUCACGGGCUGGUGUUUCGCUCGGGUUCGCCGAGGCCCAUCAUGAAAACGAGGACGGCGUUCUAUUUGUUUACGACGCCCAUCACGAGGAUUUCGAGGCGGUUGUGCCGGCAGAUCAUGAAGCCGAGACACGCCGCUAGGGCGCCGUUCUUCGCCAUUAACAUACAGGCUGUUAAACAGGAAUGCGGCGUUCAAAUGGAAGGAAAGUCGAUUACCGAGCUGAAGCAGUUGCUGGUGUACAAGAAGAAGAACAGGGGCAGCGUGACGGCGAUAGCGACGCGCCUGGGCAGACCAGGUUCGAUAGUACCCCAAUGGUUGAUACUGACGCCGAGAGACAUGAUACCGCAGCCCGAUCGGGUGGCUUUCCCCAAGCCCCCGAAGGCGCCCGACGGCAGUCUGAUGUACGAACGGGUGCCCAACAAGCCCGAAGCGGAGAAGAUUCCUUUGAACAACAUGUCGCCGUCGCUGAAGCGAAGAACCUACGAGGAAAUGAACGGAAUGGACAGCUUUUAUUCCGAUUUGGAUUGGGACGAUGGCGCUCUGAGCGCUCCGCCGACGAAGCGCCUGACGAAGGAGCCCAUGCAGGUGACGCGAUCGGAUCAAUUUCAAGCCUUGUUGGCGCAACAAAUGUUUCCGGCGCAGUCUUUGCCCCGGCACAUCGCUCAAAUUAACGGGAAACCGAAGAUAGCGCAGAUGACCAGAACGGGCUCGGGAAGGAAACAGGUUAUAAGUUGGAUGGACGCGCCCGAUGAUGUGUACUUUAGGGCGACGGAGGCAAAUAAGAAAAUCAGACGACAAGUGUCUUUAUCGGAACUUCGAAGAGGAGCUCGCAAGCCGUGGAGGCAACUGAAAACCAAAAUGGAUGAUCUGCAAGUGGUUGUGCUGGAUUGA